AUGACGAAAGAGACCGAAACCAACAAGAGGACCCAUCAACAUGAAGAGGUCAAGGAGGAGGAGGACGAGCACCAUGUCGAUCAGCCUGUGCGGAAUGAGCGCCAUCGUCAGGCCGUAGCAAUUCCUGAUGAAGCAAAGAACCAGAACCACAAAGUAAAGGACACCAAUGAUGAGACAUCUGCCCACCAUGACGGCGAGUCGAGACACGUGUAUCAGUUGUAUCAGAAGGAUAGGAUAAUACGCAGCGGUUUAUCUGAAGGCGGUGCAGACGAUUCAAAGGACGCCAAUGUUGAGGCAUCUGACCACCAUGACGACGAGUCGAGACGCGAGUACUACUUCCAUCAGAAGGAUAGGAUAAUUCGCCACGUUUUCGGUGAGGACUCUGAAGACAAUUCAAGUUCUCCCAACUCCGCUGUUGGAAAAGAUUUGUUCAGGGUAGGAAGAAAAGAAGGAGCCAAAAAUAACGCACAUCAACAGGAAUUGGUAGCGAAUGAACCGCAACGACAGCAAAAUACGGUCCAACAAGUCGGGGCCUUUGCCGUGGAAGGAAUCGGGGCGGUUGAAGAAAGAAGUAGUGAAAUGAACGAUGAUCUGGUCAUUCACAACAGUGAUGCUAACAACAACAACAAUGAAGCAGUCAUCGACGAAGCUGUUCUUGUGGAUGACGAUUCAACUCUUGGAGAUGAAGCAGUCUUCAUGGAACAAGGGACAAGACGCAGGGGCAACAAACAAGAAGUGAUUGAAGGAACAAUCAUGCAGAACAGUGAUGUCCAAAGUAAUGUGUAUCCCUGGUUAGGCUUGGCCUUCCUGGCUGUGACUGGUUUGGUGGUUUUUCUUGCUUUGUACCUUCCUUCGAGUUCCAACUCAUCGAGUGUUGGUAGCAAAAGCACUCAGACUGUGGACGGCGCUGCCAAUAACUCUCCCAUCAUCUAUCCACCCUUUCAGGAUGAUUUGCCCACAAUCACUCUCAAGGCCUUUCUCAACACAUCCACCCCCGAGUAUCUUGCCAAUGCCUGGAUGUGGAACGACCCUCAUCUUGCCAGCUACUCUCACGGAAGACAACAUCAAAGGUUUGAUUUGGCAUACUGUUACUACAUGACAAAUGGUCACAACUGGUUCCGAAAUGACCACUGGCUGAGCUAUGAUGUCAACGAAUGUGACUGGUUCACACAGGCCCACAACGAGAGCAUUCUACACUAUGACAACUAUCCCGUCUGUGAUGAGAACAACACUCUCCUCAUUCUCAACCUAAACUCUAACAAUCUGCAGGGGACACUUCCAGUAGUCAACCGAUUCCUACCAAAUAUUCUGACAUUGGAUGUUGGGAACAACCAGCUGCAUGGAGCUGCUCCAAGCGGGGCUGCUGCAACUAAUGAAGUCCUGGAGGUGUUCAUUGUAUCCAACAACUACUUUGAAGGUCAGUUGAUUUCCAGUGGUGGCUUCAAACCAUUUGGGAUACGAAUCGUCAAGCUGGAUGGCAACAAUCUGCUUGGAUAUCUCGAUCCCCUCCACAAGUACAUGACCAAGUUGGAAAUCGUGAACGUUACUGGGAAUCUCUUUGGGCUCUUUGGUUCCAAGCUUGCAGAGACGCUUGGCAGUAAGAGUCUCUACUACUUUGGGAAUGGGGAUAACCUGCUCACUGGAACCAUUCCCAGCACACUCGGAUUGAUCCCAGCUUUGGAAACCAUUGAUAUCCACGGCAAUCCAGGUUUGCUUGGUACGAUACCGACAGAGCUUGGAGAGUUGUCCAACCUGGCUCUUUUGGAUGUGUCCUAUACAAACAUUUCUGGACCAGUCCCUACCAAGCUCUGUGAACGAGUUGAAACUGGCUUGCUGGAGAUUCGGGCCAACAGCAGCCUUGUAGACAGCUGCUCUGUGAACUCCACCCCACCAAAUAGAUACUAG